GGCGGGGCUUAGAUAGGUAGCCAAUCGACGCAGAGGGCCGAACCCUUCAGGCCCGUUGAACGCGUGAGGGGGAGGUGGUGUCUUCCGGCGGGAUCGAGGGGCAGCAGCGUACGGUGAAGGACACAGGCCGUGGAGUUUGAACCCCUUGAAAGAUUGAAAUCAUGGCAGGUCCAGAAGCUGACGCCCAGUUCCAUUUCACUGGUAUCAAAAAAUAUUUCAACUCUUACACUCUCACAGGGAGAAUGAAUUGUGUGCUGGCCACAUACGGAAGUAUUGCUUUGAUAGUCUUAUACUUCAAGUUAAGGUCUAAAAAAACUCCAGCUGUGAAAGCAACAUAAACAUGCGACCCAACGCCCAUUUGCCCUUGCUUGUGUAAGUAUUUUGUUGGCAGUAGACGAUGUGCAGAAAACCCAAAACCUAGAUUUUAUCUAAUGUAGCUUUCCAUGACAGAAAAUUUUUUCCUCUGCUCUUAAGACCUUUUCCAGUCCCAAAACUAUUGACCGUAGUGGACUGACUGCAUAGCCCAAAAUGCAGUGAUCCAUGGUUUUUUCCUGACAGGUAAUUUUUUUGCCCAAUUUUUCAUACUGUGUGCGUGCUUAGUCACUCAGUCGUGUCCGACUCUUUGCAACCCCAUAGACCAUAGCCCACCAGGCUCCUCUGUUCCUGGGCUUCUCCAGGCAAGGAUACUGGAGUGGAUUCUUUCCAUCUGAGCCACAAGGGAAACCCAGUUUUUCAUAUUAGGUACCUCCUUACUCUGUUUUUAUAAUGGGGAUACUACCAUCCUUCCUCCUUUCUACUAUUUAAACUAUUACUUUAUGGGCGGGGGUGGGGGGGUUGGGCGGGGAAUGUUACUGGGUUGGCAAAAAAGUCCAUUCAGGUUUUCCCAUAAGCCAGAAAACCCUGAACAAACUUUUUGGUCAAUUCAGUAUCUUAUGUACUAGGCUUUUACAACAAUGUAUAUUUUGGAUCAUACUGAAUUAUUGACAGCUCUUUUGUUAAAGGUGGGAGUUUUAGAUUAAAUUGUUGAAAGCUGAGAGACAACUAAAUUUGGGGGAGUUAAUGACUCCUUUGAGAAUCUAAUGAAUUUGCAUUCAAUUUCAGGGAGGUUCGUGGAUAGUCUUUUACUAAUAAUUACUAAAUGUCUUAAAAGCAGAGUUGAACACAUUUGUGUCUAAACUAUUUUUGCUUUGUUUAUAGGAUUCUGAACUGUACAUUAUCUGUUAAGUUCCCAUGCCUGAAGAAGCUAAUGUCAACUCAUCAUGUGAUACUCAAUUUGUAGAAUAAAUUAUGAACCUGGAAAA